AUGCUCAGAAAUUCUAUUGUUUUGGUAUUUGUGAUAUUGGUGGCGAUUGGUGAGUUUUUUUUGGUUAAAAUUAUAAGCGGGGACUAGUUUUUCUCUCUCUGCAAAACCUAGUCCCCCACUAUUUUAGAAUUGUUUUUCAGCUAGCGCACACGGAGGCGGCGGGCAUCACGGAGGGGGAGGUCAUAGCCACGGGGGCGGCGGUGGUCACCACGGAGGCGGUGGGCAUCACACUAGCGGAGGUCACCACCACAACGGGGGACAUCACCACGGAGGAGGAGGUUUCCACAAUCACGGGGGCUUCGGUGGAAGCAACUUUGGAGGAGGCUAUGGAGGUGGAGGAGGCGGCGGACUUCUCGACCUUCUUUUCAGCGGUGCUGGAAGCUCAUCUUAUAGCGGUUAUGGCUAUAAUCGCCCAUACAAUAACUAUAACCAGUGUAGAAUUGCUCGAUUGGUGGAUUAUGUUGGCACAACGCCAAGAUUUUAUUGCGAUUGUCCACCGUAUGCUCCUAAUUAUCAAUAUUUUAAUUGUGUGCCAAUGGCUACAGGAAAAUAG